UCCUCUUCUGCUUUCUUUCCUUCACAGAGAAAUAUCUUAUCCCAUUUUUCUUACAUACUCCCUUCCUUCCUUCCUUUGCCUUUGGACCUCUUUUCCUCACAAGUUCUCUGCCAAAAAUGGCAUUCGCUGUUGCUGAGGCAAUCCUCAAGAAGCUGGCUCCCCUGGCCGCAGAGCAAGCGGGUCUCCUCUGGAGCUUGAAGAGCGAUUUUCUGAAACUGAAGAGCACGGUUUCCUCCAUCAAGGCGGUGCUGUUGGAUGCCGAGGAGCAAUCGGGUCUGAACCAUCAGGUUCGAGACUGGCUCGCUGAACUGAAACAGAUGCUUUAUGAUGCUGAUGACUUGCUGGAUGAUUUCUCCACGGAGGCUCUGUUGAAGCAGCGAAGGAACGAUGGGAAUCGCUGCGUGAACGAGGUAUGCCUCUUCUUUACGCGUUCCAACCAAUUGGUUAGUGGUCUUGUGAUGGCACAUCGGUUGAAGGCCAUCAGGAUCAAGCUGGAUGAGAUUGAUGAGAAUCGGAGGAAGUUUAAUCUUGAAACGCGCCUUCGAGAUCCGGCUGUUGCUGCUGCGAUCAAGCACGAGAGGCAGACGGACUCCUUUGUUCCAUAUGGAUUUGUUGGGAGGGAGGAAGAUAAGAAGAAAAUAAUUGGUAUGCUAUCAUCGACCAACAAUGAGCAGAAAAUUGAGGUUAUUCCUAUUCUCGGAAUGGGGGGUCUCGGGAAAACUGCUUUGGCUCAGUGUAUCUACAACGAUGAGUGUGUGUCUACUUGUUUUCAGUUGAAAAUUUGGAUAUGUGUUUCGGAUAAUUUCGAUCAAGCACUAUUGGUCAGGAAGAUGUUGGAGUCUAUAACCAAACGUAAAGUAGAAGAUCUUGACUUGGACAUCUUGAAGGGGGAACUUAAGAAGGAGAUGGAUAAUAAGAGGUUCUUGUUAGUGUUGGAUGAUGUUUGGGAUCAUGGUGACUACAAGGGCAGGUGGGAUAGCUUGAUGAGUUUUUGGUUGCAAGUUGGGGCAAGUGGUAGCAAAAUUAUCGUCACUACUCGACUUGCAGAAGUCGCGAAUUACUUCGCAACGAAGAGGAUUAAACCACACAAGCUAAAAGGUUUAUCCGAGCCAGAAUCAUGGUUUUUGUUUGAACAAAUAGCAUUCAAGGGUGAAGUGGAAGGUGGUGAAAGAUUUGUAGACAUAGGAAAAGAGGUCAUGAGAAGGUGCGUGGGAGUUCCUUUGGCCAUAAGGGUGAUUGCAAGUGCCCUAUCCUCUAAGAGCAACAUUGUUGAUUGGGAGGCUAUAAAAGAUAAACAAGCAAUGUUUGAUGGGGAUGACGAGAGAAAGAUUUUGGGUACUCUUAAAUUGAGUUAUGACAACCUGCCUUCUGAACUGAAAUCAUGUUUUGUUUAUUGCAGCUUGUUUCCGAAAGAUUCUAAAAUUGAUGUGAAAUUGUUGGUGCAAAUUUGGAUGGGGCAAGGAUUUAUCAACUCUAGUCAAUCGUCAUCUGCUUCAUUUGAGUUCGGAGUUGAAUAUUUCAAGAGUUUGUUGUCUAGGUUCUUUUUUCAAGAGCCCGAAAGUGAUGAAUGUGGGAAUGUAAAGUGGUGUAAGAUGCAUGAUUUGAUUCAUGAUGUGGCCCUGGAGAUUGCAAGUGAUGAGAUUAUGGCUUUAAAAGCUUCAGAUUCAAUGGAAGGUAGUGUCAGCUUUGACAGGCUUCGACACAUAUCGUUCGAUUUUGAGGAAAAUUGGAGAGUAACAUGGAAAGCUCCACAAACGUUGGCUAAUGUAACAAAACUGCGAACUUUUCUUCUUAUAAAUACAGUCUGUUUUGGCAUUUAUCGCAUCGAGGAGCAGAACUGUGAGAUGAUCUUCUCAAAUAAUACUAGGCUCAGAGUUUUAAGUCUCGACGGUGCUAUAUUGGAGAGUGUGCCCCGCUCCAUCCAGAAAUUGACACAUCUCAGGUACCUAAAUCUUUCUCACAAUCCUAUAGAGGUGCUCCCCGACGAGAUUACGGUACUGGUAAAUUUACAAGUGCUCAUACUUGAUUCUUGUGAGAAUCUCAAGCAAUUGCCAAGAGAUAUUGUGAAAUUGACUGAUCUCGAGUUUCUUAGCCUCGUUGGGUGUUCGAGUUUGAAAGGCUUGCCACUUGGGAUCGGGCGGCUCACUCGUCUGAGAGAAUUGUCCAUAUUCAUUGUGCCAGCUGCAUCAUACUAUUCACAUGGGUCAGUCGCUGCUAGAAUCAGCGAGCUGGAGCAUCUCGACAAUCUAAGUGGGAAUUUGAAGAUCAUAAAUCUGGAAUUGGUGAAGGAUGAGGCUGAAGUGAAGGCAGCAAGUUUGUUUCGGAAGCAACAUCUUCUAGCCUUGACAUUGGAGUGGAGCAUACGGAGACGAGUUUUUGUACUAAAGGCAUUGGAGCCACAUAAGAAUUUGAAGGAGCUAGAGUUGGUUGGUUAUGGCGGUCACAGUCUACCUAGCUGGGUCUUUACUACUCUCCAGAAUCUGGUUCACUUGAAAUUGUAUAAUUUGUGUCGCUUAAAGUACAUAGAGGAUGACGCUGGGCAGCUUCUUCCCCGCUUGAAAUCUCUCCGCAUUCGCGACUGCCCCAGGCUAGUAGGCAGGAGGUCAACCACAGAGAUAGAAAUGCCGCAGUUCCCUUCUCUUUCAGAUCUCCGCAUUGAAUGUUGCCCGAAACUGGUACGGCUUCCUCAAUUUUCGGCGGGUAUUGAAACGGUUUGCUUAAGAGAUGUUUGCCGCAAACUGUUGGACGAGUUUGUUGCCUCACUUCCACCACCCAGCUCCCCUUCGUGGAUCAAGAAUCUGACAAUCGAGGGGAUAAGAGGCCUUCGAAUUCUGCCGCAAGGUUUACUGCCACAUCUUGCAUCCCUUGAAUAUUUGUGGAUAUGGGAUUGCCCGAACCUAACGAAUCUGUCUCCACAGCUGGCUACUAGUCAACAACAUCAUCUCACUUCCCUCCAGUUCUCUACCCUUCCAAACCUCCGUCGCUUUUAUAUGCGGGAACUUCCAGGGAUGAAGAGUCUACCAGAGUGGCUUCAGCAUUCCUCUAACUUGCAGUUGCUGUUGAUAAGUAGGUGUGACGGUCUCAAGUGCUUGCCAAAAUGGCUACCCAAGCUCACAGCGCUAGAUACUCUGAGAGUAAGUGGCUGUCAUUUUCUAUCAGCCAGAUUGAAGAGUAGAACGGCCGAGGACUGGCCCAAAGUUGCUCACAUUCGGAAGAUUUAUAUUAAUGACACCAAAGUACAAAGGGACGGUAACUACGUGAGAGUAGAAGAACCAUCAGACGAAAACCAACUUCAAGAACAAGAAGCAAGUGGAGAAGAAGAAGAACAACAACAAGAACAAGAAUUAUUUAGUGAAGAAGAAGAAGAUGAUGAUAACGAGGUCGAGAGCGAGGCAGAAGAAGAUGAUGAUCAUGAGGGUGAGGGCGAGGAAGAAGCAGAAGGACUACCCCUGGGCAUUCCGUCUCCAAGGACGUGGUCAAAUUGCAUUGCGAGACUCACCUGUAACCUGUUCCAGAGAUGCUUUCUUGGCUAGCUACCAAAUCUUCUCUCUUUGUUAUUCAGGAUGAUAUUGAUGAAUUACAAAGACAAAACUCAUGUUAUUGAUUCUGAUGGAAAGAUUGUCUCCAAUUCCGAUGUCAGACUUCUACAUUGAUGAUCAAUGUAUGACACAGGCCCCUGGUCCCUUUGAUUCAAUAAUGUGCUUCUGGAGAUUGUUAAAGCAUAUACUGUCAAGUUCACACUUUUCUUUUAUCUAACAUCUCUGUAUCUUUUUGGUCUAUGAAUUAUAUGUUCUCCCGUGGUGAUUAUGUGUGCUGAAUUCCCUUGCUGCAGCUUGAAGGAGUGAUCAACGACGUGGAUCGAAUAAAGGUGGAGUCAGCCAAUCAACAGUUGCAGUUCUUUCAUCCGACCAGAGCAUGUAGUGGCAAUGAUUUUAUUCUAUUCAUUCGCAUUCUGGGUAUCUAUCCUUAGUCAUCUUCUCCUCAUGUCGUAUGAAUCCCAUGUUUACCUAGUGAAAAAGCUGCAACUCCAUGGAAGAGAAGAAGCAUGCUGUCAAUACUUUGGAAUAGAUGGUUCCUCUGUUUAGUUUUCUAGCAGCAAGGUUUUCUUCCUCUGGUUUUUUGUGAUCGGUACUUUUUGUAUGCUUCUUCUUUGCUUGCAAAUGAGAGUUUGAUCUAACAUUAUUAUAAUUUAUUUUCAAUUUGUAAUUCAUGUUUGAUUUGGAAAGUGUGGUAAACAAAUCCUACCCUUAAUUUUUUUCUUCUUAAUAACCGAGAACCACUUAUCUGUAGUUGUCAUUUAGAUGACGCGUGUUAAACCAUCAACCCAGGCCGUCAAUCAUCGAUUGGUUCUUUGUUACUUGGCCGGAUCAUGGACCGGAUCAAUUACAGCUGGGCUAAGCCUCCAUUUGCAUAGAGGUGGCAACGUAGUGGGUUUGGCGGAUAGUGCAUAUCCAUUAUCCUAUACAACGAACAUGUUUUUUUGCGCUUUGGAUUUGUUUUUGAAAAAAGGCACUUUGCGGGCUGAAUGAUUACCUGCAAGCUCAAAUCAGUGCAGAAGAGGUACAUGGCAGAGAUCUCCAACGGGAAUUCCCAAUUGCAACAACAUGCAAGCCCGGAUUCGAUGCAUAGCUUUUCCAGGUCAAUGGCUAGGCAUUGUUCAUGAAAAUAGCAUGUGGAAUGGCUCAGGUGAGUAUCAUGCCCGGAUUCGAUUAUAUUAUUCGUCUUUGUAUUGAGAUUCGUUGAUGUGUCAUAAAGAUGCCUUGGACAU